AUGGAUCUCGACCUGACCUACGGCAUCUUGGAGGUGGACUUCGAAAACCUUUCAUCCUUCUACAUGAGCGUCGUCCGAAUAGGCCUCCAGUCCUCCAUUGAAACGAUUCUUGAGUGGAUUAAGGAGUGGCUGAUAGACACCGUCAACCUCGAGCUAGAAAGGAGUGCCUGCCUCUGGACCUUCCCUGAUUCCAUGCGACAGAUCGACUUCCUUUUGGCUCAGAUACGCCCCCAAAUACGCUCGCUCGGCCUUGAUCCUUGGCACUUGGGGAACGCCGCGGCAUACGUAGGCCUUGGCAUGUAUGUUCAGUAUGAUGAUGUGGUCGUUACUGGGCUGUCGUCUCUACACCGAACCGAAGACGUUUAUGUGAAACUCGUGGAAGACACUCUCGCUGUCUUCGUUCAGACUUUUACCGUUAAGUCUCAGAUUCUGAUGAUACUGAUAUAA